CCCAAUCUUUUUAAUAACCAUGUCCAAUCUUAUGACUAUACUGGGACGAGUACAUAAAUGCCAAUAGAGAUGGCGGAGUGGGUGGAUUCUGUAGCAUACUAUCUACUACACAAAUUCCAAUCCUGUAAUUCUUGCCACCAUUUUAUUGACUAUUACCGUGAAAUCCACCGUGAUUUUACGGUGGUGCAACCCACCGCCAUCACAUACCACCUUCCCUUGCCGUCCCCAUAUUAUUAUCUUUAUUUAUUGUUGCUAUAAUACUAAUUAUUAUUAUCAUUAAUACAGCUCUUCAUAUUCUGGAGCUAACACGUUAUCAUUGAGCCGAGAGACAUAAUUUUGUUUUCUUCUACGUGGGCUGUUCUGUUUCUGCUCCUACUUUUGUUUGCUUUCAAGCGGUUAAAGAAUAGCUUUGUUUGAAUUUCUACCUCAUACCCACAGCCAGCUAUUCCGAUAUGCUGGAUUAGUUUCAAGAGGAAAUUAAAGCUUAAUCGAUUUCUCCUCGUUAAUCGGAGAGGAGGGAGAUAUAGUUUCUACUAAUUAAUCUAGUAUGUUGUUCAAAGAGAGGGAUAGGGAGAAAGGUGGCGGCGCCGCCGUACCGGGAGAGAGGAAGAUGUUUGUCGGGGUGGUGUGGAACUGCGCGACGGAGCUCAAGAUCCUGCUCACCGCUCUUCUAUUACUCUUCUCAAUCAUCACUAUACUUCAGUUCAUCCCUGCUCGCGUUAGCUUCUCCUCCGCCGUCGAUCUCCGCUCUUGCCUCUCCAGCCAGCCGCCGUCUGUCACCGCCGUCUCGGCAUCUGCGGCCAUUCAAUCUGUCUCGAAUUUCAGCGAGGCGGGCUUGUGGCAGCCACCGACAGUUGUGCGGGACGAAGUUCUCGAAAACGGCGUCGUUAAACGGGCUUUUAAUGGGUUUGGCUCGGCGGCUUACAACUUCGUUUUGAUGUCGGCUUACCGCGGCGGCGACAACACCUUUGCCGUCAUGGGUUUAGCUUCUAAGCCUCUCCAUGUGUACGGGAAGCCGAAUUACGAAUGCGAGUGGGUCCCGGCAGAUGAAUCGCAGGAUUCUAUCACCGUCUCCGGCCAGAAGAUCCUCCCUGACUGGGGAUACGGCCGGGUUUACACUGUGGUGGUGGUGAACUGCACAUUCCCGUCCCCGGUUGGCGAUGCUGACAACGGCGGGAAGCUGGUAAUCCACGCCACCACAAACGGCGGCGGAGACACGAAGUUCAACGUAACGGACACAUUCGAGGCUAUCGUCGAGACGCCGGAAGAUUUCUCGAACUUCACCAAAGUGUUCCAAGCUCCGCCGAAAUAUGACUACCUGUACUGCGGCUCGUCUCUGUACGGAAAUCUGAGCCCUCAGAGAGUUCGAGAGUGGCUGGCCUACCACGUCAGGAUGCUGGGAGAGAAGUCGCAUUUCGUUAUCCACGACGCCGGCGGCGUUCACCCGGAGGUUCGGGAGGUUCUUAAGCCGUGGAUGGAGAGAGGCUACGUCACAUUACAGGACAUUACGGAUCAGGAGAGGUUCGACGGAUACUACCACAAUCAAUUCCUCAUCGUCAACGAUUGCUUGCAUAGAUACAGAUAUCACGCGAAAUGGAUGUUCUUCUUCGACGUCGACGAGUUCAUCUUCGUCCCUAAGAAGAGCACUCUCAAAUCGGUGCUCGCUUCCUUCUCCGAUCACACUCAGUUCACAAUCGAGCAAAUGCCGAUGUCCAACAAGCUCUGCCUCCGCGAGGAUUUCGGGAAAACAUACCGAAAAUGGGGAUUCGAGAAGCUGGUGUACAAGGACGUGAGGAAGGGGAUCCGACGGGACCGGAAAUAUGCGGUGCAACCGCGGAAUGUAUUCGCGACAGGGGUUCAUAUGUCGCAGAACACGGUGGGGAAGACGACGCAUAAGACGGAGGGGCAGAUAAUGUACUUCCAUUACCACGGAACAAUCGCCGAGCGGCGGGAGCCUUGCCGGAGACUGGUCAACUCCACGACAAUCACCGUCGACGGAACCCCGUAUGCUCUGGACACGACGAUGCGAGAUGCCGCCGGCGUCGUGAAAAGAUUCGAGCUGAAAACAAUUGGGCCCAGGUUGCAGAGAACCCGGCAAUGAAAAAAAAAAAGCCCACGGAUCAUCCGGUUCAGUAUUAUUUUAAUUAUUAAAUUCAAUUCCACUCUCUUCUAGGAAGUUUGAUUAACAAAUUAAAAAAUCAAAAAAAAAAUCUCCCGCUGGGAUAAUAGCCAUUCGUUAGUUUCUUGUGUAUGAUAAGACUUUCAAAGCUGGAACAUGAUAGAAAUGGACAGAGUUUUUUAAUAGAAUAUAAAUAUUUUCCAUUAUGCAUAAAUUACACGUACAGGCUACUCUACUCGUUGGAAUUUUUAUCCCAAAAAAAAUCAAAUUCAGAUUUUGCUUUUUCCAAUUGCAUGUCUGGCAUGAUUGAAGAAGUGUCGGUAAA